AUGGUAUAAUUAACUUUAGCUGAUAUUAUAUUAAGUUCGUUUGGAGGAAUUGCAAUCAGCUUAAGCACUUCUUUCCAUCUGUAUAUGAAAGGCAGGGUAACAGGUUUCUCUGGUAUUUUUUAUUCUCUAAUAAGCUUUGAAAGAAGUUCUUUCUAUUGGAAGGCUGCUUUAAUUUGUGGAUUAAUUACUACAUCUGCUGUAUUAUAUGACAUUUUUAAAUUCAAUAAAGUUUGGGAUAAUACUUAAAUUUUUGAUUCACCAACCACUAUGAUAGCAGAUUUAGAUUUUGUUGGAUUCGCCAUAGCAGGUUAUCUUGUUGGAAUAGGAACUAAAUUAAGUAAUGGAUGCACAAGUGGUCAUGGAGUAUGCGGAUUACCACGCUUUUCUUAAAGAAGUUGGGUUUCUGUUGGAGUUUUUCUGAUUUUAGGAAUUGCACUUUCUACUUUGAAAUACCAUGAACCUUUUUUGAAUGAAGCUCAAGGAGUAGACUUGAUAGAUUCAUUUUAAUAUGAUAUUUGCGCUAAUAUAUUUUUAGCUUUAUCUCUUUUGAUUUUUAUAAUCUUGUUACUUAUUGAAAAGAAAGAUAAGUUAGAUAUUGUUGUUGGAUAUGUAACAGGGGUCUUAUUUGCAAUAGGUCUUGGCUUUGGAGGAAUGUUUAGAAGAUCUAAAAUUAGCGGCUUUCUUUCAAUCAGUAAAGAUUGGGAUCCUUCUCUUAUGUUUGUCCUAGGAUUUGCAGUUGGUUUAAAUAUGAUCACCUUUUAUAUAAUUUAAAAUAAAGUUAAAAAGCCCCUAUUAGCAGAAAAACUUUAGAUUCCCACAAAUAAAACUAUUGACGCAAGACUUAUCGUGGGGUCUUUAUUAUUUGGACUUGGAUGGGGUUUAGGUGGUCUUUGUCCAGGACCGGCUAUGGGUCUUCUUCCUAUUUUUAGUCUUUAAAUUAGUGUAGUUUGGUUAAUUUUUCUUGCAUUUGGUCAAUAUACUGUUACUUUAUAUGAUAAGCAUUAAGAAAAGCAAACAAAAUAAAAAUCUGUCUUUUAAUAACCACAACAAAAAGAAGAUUCACCAAUAAAUUAAGUUCUCUUUAUUAAUGCCAAAAAUAGUUAAUGUACUCCAGCUAUUUCAUAGCAAGUCUCUAAUUUCUCAAAACAAACAUCAGGUCUAUGA